AUGGCGAAGGAAAUACAAAAUUGCAAGGAAAAGACUGGGCGAAAUAAGUAUUUUGUUCUGCUAGCAAAAGGAACAGCACAAUCCAGUCAAUAAUCAAGAAAUAACAUGGCAGUUGCAGGAAACCUGAAAUAAAUAAAUAUUGUUGAAAACACUCAGUAUAUCAGACUACAUUGUGGAAAGUAAUAUCUAUGCAGACCUAUGUUUCAGGGAGAAGAUGUUUCAGCAGAAAUGAAAAAGCGUGAAAAUAAAUGUGUUUUAAUUUGCAACGGGAUGGAGAGAACAGUGAGAAUAUGACCUGGUAGUGACCGAAGAGAUAUCAAAAUGUGGUGGUGCUAGCUGAACGAGGGUGGGGGCGAAAUCUUGCUAAAUUGCUGUAUGCUGACAAUGCUGGUCUUUUAACUUCAAGCCUCCAACUGACAUUUUAAUCUCAUCAACAAAAUCCAUCUCUCCACACUGACUAAAGAUCUCAAAUUUGCAUUGGAUUUAUUUGGGCCUAUUUGUUAUUUCACAGGCUGAAACAACUUUGCUUCUUCAUUGUUAUUAUAGCACUUCAAGCUUUAUAAAUAGCUGCUAGAUCCUGUUUCACUUCCAUUUUUUACGAAGAAAUGACCCAUUGCAUCUUGAGCCCUUCCUGUGUGUUGCACACUUUCAGUUCCUGCAAUUUAUGUGAUUCUCUGGUGUUCUUUGACCAGUGCGCAAGCUGAUCUUUCCUCAUUGCAAAAACUGUGCCAUACUUGGAUUGCAUCAGAAGUCCAAAAGUCAGGGACACACAUCUUAACCUCAGAGUUGUGUCGCCAUGUGGAAAAAUAUCACCAUUAUCCUUUUCAUAUCAGGUUAUCCCUACAUUUCUGAAAGUGUAACCUACAAGUUUCAGAAAACUGCCAAAUCAUUUGAGGAAUCUAAAGGUUAUUGUACCACAGAGUUUGAUGGUCUAGCUCACAUCUACAAUGCAGAGCAGCAACUGGCUUUAUCACAGGUUGUAGAUGGUCCUGCUUGGAUCGGAGUAUCAAAAUGUGGUGAAAAUUGGUGCAAUACUGGCUCAAAUAGGAUGAUGUCCUACACAAACUGGGCUGCAGGAGAGCCAAACAACCACCGCUCCCGCAUAAAUGGAGAGGAGGAUUGUGUCGAGAUGCUCAGAAGCCAUAAAUGGAAUGAUGAAAAUUGUUCUCAUAAAAAGCACUUUGUCUGCCAGAAAUUGGGGUGUACUGCAACAACCUGCAACAGAAGAGGCACAUGUUCUGAACUGGUUAAUGACUUUAAAUGCAACUGUGAAAGAGGUUAUUAUGGAAACAAAUGUGAAAAUGUUAAAAUAUGUCCACAUUUUGUAAAACCAAGCAAUAGUGAAGUUAAAUGCGAAGGCUUGCACGGAGAGAACUAUUUCCAGUCUGUGUGCACGCUCACUUGCGAUCAAGGAUUUAUUUUGAAAGGGAACAAUUCAAUCACAUGUCAAGCGUUUGGUCGAUGGACAACUUACAACACAGUCUGUCAAGCUCUAGGUGCUGUUAAUCACCACAAACUGAUCCUCAUCGUUAUUACCGUGGGGGCAGGAGCAGUAAUUCUGUCAAUAAUAUCAGUGAUCAUUUGGUGGCGUUGUCGAAGCCGUCGAGAACAAGCCAACAGCACCAAUGACCCUUCUAGCCCAGCACCUCAGGCGAUGUCGUUAUGCCCGAGCUCAGAGCUGUAUUGUGAGAUGCAAUGGGGUACCAUAUAUGACAACGUUCCCAACUCGCACCAGAACUUGAAUGCACCAGAAAAAGAAUGAAGUAACAGUGGAUGUUGUCAUUCAAUCAGUUUUUCUAGUCAAAAUUUGUGGCUUUUAAUCGAAAAUGUAUCUUCGACAUGCUGUAAAUGUUAAACUGCUGUUAUUUUGACUGAGUUAGUAACCCAGUUAAAAUAUGUAAUGAUCAAGUAACUUUAAGGUAAAAGCUGGGGGACAGUAUUGGGAAUAAGGCAAGCAUUUGUUAACUUUGCUCAUCUCCAGGCUGUGCUUUGUAAUUAAACUGGAAGAAAAUAUUGGACGAAAAACCAUGCGAAAUGUAUUGUGGAGAGCCAACAGUUGGGAUUUGAUCUAAAGUAGGAUAUGUAUUUGAAGUCUGUAUGUAACUUUUAUGAUUACAUCACAGCAUGGCUAUUGUUUUCAUAUACUUAGAAAUAUAUGCAGGCAUCAGCCAGGUCUUGAUGCACCAGGGUGGCACGGUGGCGCUGUGCUAGGGUUGCUGCCUUAUAGCGUUUCCAACGCCAGAGACAUGGGUUUGAUCCCGACCACAGGUGCUGUCUAUACGGAGUUUGUGCGUUCAUCCCAUGACGACGUGGGUAUUCUCUGAGAUCUUCGGUUUCCUCCCGCACUCCAAAGACGUACAGGAUUGUAGGUUAAUUGGCUUGGUAUAAAUGUAAACUGUCCCUAGUUUGUGUAGGAUAGUGCUAAUGUGCGGGGAUCACUGGUCAGUGUGGACUUGGUGGGCCGAAAGGCCUGUUUCCACGCUGUAACUCUAAACUAAACUAAAUAGGACGAGGUUCAUUAUUUCCAGCCACGUUGUAGUUUUCACUUCACCGGCAUUUGAUAGUGAUUUCUCCUGACCGCUCACUACCUAAUACAGUGAAUUGUUAGGUCCACAUAUGAAGAAAGCCCCAGCUUCAGUCUCUAUUCUCUUUGAGAUUACUGCCCUUGCUGGAGAGAGUGGGUCCACUGCUCUGAGCAUCUUAGUUUCAGAACUGGUUCAUACAUCGAAGAGAUUCACAGUCCACAGUAGUUUGUGCUGGAUCCCGCGCACAGGCUGACUGUACGAGACUCAUACAGGAAUCAGUGGGCACCUCAGAGUCAUUGCUCCCAGUGGGUGUAUAAAAGAAAGGCGUGCACUAGCGGAGUGGCUUGUUGGUAGUGGCUGUGUGGAGGUGAAGUAUUUUGCAGAGGGUAAGAAUUGAGGCUUUAACUCAAGCUUCAGCAAAUAAAUUGACAGUGGAAUAAAGCAUGGUCUUUGUUCUUUCUUUCUUUUGUAAAUAUUCCCUUGUCUAGUGCAGCAGAGAUGGCAGCUGGGGCAGUGAUAUAAGGUCAUAGUUUAUAGGAUCAGAAUUAGGCCAUUUGGCCCAUCAAGUUUCUGCCAUUCAAUCUUGGCUGAUCUAUCUUUCCCUUUCAACCCCAUUCUGCUGCCUUCUCCCCAAAACCCCUGACACCUGUACUGAUCAAGAAUCUAACUCUUCCUUAAAAUUAUCCAUUGAUGGCCUUACGUGGCAAUGAAUUCCAUAGAUUCACCACCCUCUGACUAAAGAAAUUCUUCCUCGUCUUCUUUCUCAAGGGACGUCCUUUUAUUCUGAGGCUAUGGCCUCUGUUCCUAGACUCUCCCAUCAGUGAAAACAUCCUCUCCACGUCAACUCUAUUCAGGCCUUUCACAACUUGGUAAGUUUCAAUGAGGCCCUCCCCUCAUCCUUUGAAACUCCAGUGGUAUGUUCCCCCUGCAGCGAUGUGGGAAGUCAGGGAGACUUCCAGUAUCACUCAGCACUACACCUGUGGUAGGUGAGUUCAGUUGCAGCUCCUUACAGACCGUGUUAGGGAACGUGAGCAGCAGUUGGAUGACCUCCAAUCAUCUGGGAACACGAGCUGGUUAUAGACAGGAGAUCCAGUGAGAUGCUCAUGUCUCGGGUGUAGGCAAAAAGCUGAUGGUUGGCCACCAGGAAAGGGAAUAGACAGAGUGCAGGAAUCCCCUGUAGCCGUUUCCCUCAACCACAGGUAUGCUGCUCCUUUGGAUACUGUUGGGGAUAGGUGAACCACAAAGUUUGACUCAUUUGUUAUUUUAGCUGAUCUGCCUGCUUGAAAUUAGCUGCUGCAUUAAUCCGUGGGUCAGUCGUCAUACAGUACAUCUACUCGCAUAACUCCCAGGAUCAAGUUGCAGUCCUGAAGAAAGGAGGUGCAAUAAUAAACUGUAAUUAUACAUUUAUUACACUGGCAACAUUAACUCUUCUUUUGUGUGGCGUGCACAGCCUAAAGUUGUUGGACAACUUGUUCUACUUGAUCUUCCAUUUGUGCACGACGAGUUGAUUGCAUUAGUCGAAACUGGGCGGACCACGUGAAGGUUGCGAUCUUCCACCCCGCAACAUUAAUUCUUCUGCAAUGAUUCAUAAUGUGUAUGUAGGGAUUUUGAAUUUUUCAAACCUUAUCUGAACUUCCAAGUCUCUGCAUCUGACGAUCAUUGCCCAUCUUCUCCAGUGAUUACCUAUAAUCUGUUCAAACUGUAGUUUAUGACCUUAUGAUUUUAAUGUAACUUUUGUGAAUCUAUAAAGAUAGUUCUUUCUGCAAUUGUAUUUUGUCGCCUUAAAUUAGUUUCUAUAAUUUGCUAGUUUUGUACUGAAAUUUAUAAUACAUUUUUGUAUUAUCACCAUUAUUGUGACUGUGAAGCUUGAAUGAAUUUCUUGCUGAAUGGGUACAUUGGUUUUCUUGCCUGAUUAGUUAGCCAAAUUAGUUUUUCAUAAUUUAAGGUCUUCAUUACUUAUAAAUCAUUAUUUAUGCAACAAAUUACUUAUUCAGUCAUAUAGCAUUAAGACAGUUUUUGGGUGAUUGCUUUGGCACAAGAAGGGGUCCUUUGGCCCACGAUGUCCAUGCCGAACAGGAUGUCAAGUUAAAUUGACCUCCUGUGCCUGCUCAUGAUCCAUAUCCCUUCAUUCCCUGCAUAUCAUCAAAAAGUCUCCUAAAUGCCGCUGUAGUACCUGCCUCCACCACCAUACCUGGCAGCAUGUUUCAGUCACUCACUAGUACUGCCCUCUACAAACAAAAACUUGCCCUGCACAUCUCUUUUGAACUUUGCCCUUCGCCAGAUCGCUGAGGGAGCCGAACACACCAGCCCCAGUCUGUGAGAUCUUUAGUCCUGCUGGUCAGUAGGUCUUCUGUCAGUUUUGAUUGUGGGUUGUACUGCCAUCAACUGGUGGGACCAGGAAACGGCCAGCCCAUCGUUUCCUGGUUAUUUCACUUUAUACUAACUGUUGUUUAUACCAGUGGCAAAGCUCUUUACAUGAGAAAGGACACAAAGUGCUGGAGUAACUCAGCAGGUCAGGCAGCAUUUCUGGAGAACGUGGAUGAAUGCUUUUUGUCUGGAAAGAUGUCUUUUGCAUUCUAAAUGCAUAUUCCCAACAUGGUAUUGCAUUGAUUGCAACUACAUCAACACCAGAUAUGUAUUUGAAAAACUAUAUGGAAUUGGAAACUACAAUUGUUAAUUUUUGAGUAGAAUUUCCCCAUAUAUCAGAUUUUUUUAUUAUGUGUGUUCACACAAAUUGUGAGUUUCAGGGCACUAAUAAGCCCCCUUUCCCCUAUUGAUUAAAUUUGGAACCAUGUGAACGGACAGCUCGCCGACGCUUCCUCUAAGCCCACACAUCCAUGAUGACCGUGAUCAUCCCAUUUGCCUACAUUUGGCCGAUAUGCCUCCAAUCCUUUCCUAUCUCAGUACCUGUCCAAAAUGCCUUUAAACAUGGGUGGCUUGGAGGUGCAGCAGUGGAGUUGCUGCCUCACAGCACCGGUGACCAGAGUUCGAUCCUCACUGUGGACCACUGUCUGUGUGGAGUUUGUACGUUCUCCCUGUGACCACGUGGGUUUUCUCCGGGUGCUCCAGUUUCCACCCACACUCCACAAAGACGUGCAGGUCUGUAGAUUAAUUGGGUUUGGUAAAAUUGUAAAUUGUCCCUAGUUUGUGUUCGAUGCGGAGUCGGUGUGUUGAAGGGCCUGUUUCUGCGUUGUAUCACUAAACUAAACAUAGUAAUUGUGUGUGCUUCCGCCGCCUCCUCUAACAGUUCAUUGCAAAUAUUCACCACCUGUGUGGAAAAAAACGCCCCUCUCCUUUAAAUUUCUUCCUUCUCUCCUUGAACCUGUGCGCUCUUGUUCUAGACUCUCCUGACCCGCAAAACAGACUCCAUCUGUCCUACUUAUGCCCCUCAUAAUUGUACAAGUUGUGCACAGCUUUCUAUGUCAGUGGAGAGUAAAUCCGGUACUCUUUCUUUGUAACUACAGUGCUCCUUUCCAGACAAUGUCCCAGUGAACCGUAGACACGAGGAACUA